GAGGAGGAGGAGGAGAAAAUCCAAACUUUUGUAAAGUGGCUGCGUUUUUGAGGAGAGGAGAGGAGAGUGAGCCCAGCCCAGCCUUGAGCUGCUGGUCAGUGUUUGCCCCCUGUCCUCCCAUCUCACAGUCACUCACAUCCUCUCACUAUGUGCAGUGCAGCCCACAGCCCCGACGACCUGGCUACCUUAUCCCAGUUGGAUGAGAACAUUCUCCUCGAAGUGCUCAGCCGCCGCUUCCUGCAGGACCACAUUUACACUUAUGUUGGAGAUAUUCUCAUAGCUAUCAACCCUUUCAAGUAUUUGCCAUUAUACGAGAAGACGGUGUCUGAGAAAUACAAAUGUUCGACAAACGGUCUACCACCUCAUAUUUUUGCAGUGGCAUUUCGUGCGUACCAGUCAAUGUUAGGCCGUUUAGCCAGUGGGUCCAAGAACCAAUGCAUAGUCAUCAGUGGAGAGAGUGGCGCUGGGAAGACCGAAAGCACCAAACUCCUGCUGCGACAGAUCAUGGAACUUUGCAGAGGAAAUUCUCAAUUGGAACGGCAGGUUCUGCAGGUAAACCCUCUACUUGAAGCCUUUGGAAAUGCUCAGACUGUGAUGAAUGACAACAGCAGUAGAUUUGGGAAAUACAUUCAACUAAGAUUUUACAACAACACAGUCAAGGGUGCUAAGAUCAAUGAGUAUCUUCUGGAGAAAUCCCGGGUUGUGCAUCGGGAUGAAGGCGAGAGAAACUUCCACAUUUUCUACUACAUGUUUGCUGGAAUAUCAGCUGCUGACCAGGAAGUAUACGGUCUUUUGGACCCGAAGUUCUACAGGUACUUGAAUCACAAAUAUGGAAACAAAGAAACCGUUCAGCAGUGGGGCACGAAAUAUCAUGAGGUGUGCAAUGCCAUGGACAUGGUUGGCUUUCUGGAACAGGAGCAAGUCGACAUGUUGACGAUACUGGCAGGAAUCCUCUCACUGGGCAAUAUUGUGUUUGAGCCUCAAGACACUGGGAUCCUUAAAGUGACCAAUGAGUCAAAAGGAUGGUUGAAAGCUGCAGCUGGUCAGUUUGGCGUCGAGGAGGAAGAUCUGUUGAAGUGUUUGAUCUGCACACUGGCAGUGACUCGAGGAGAAUCCAUUCAGAGGCACCAUACCAAGCAGCAAGCUGAAGAUGCCAGGGACUCGAUUGCUAAAGUAGCGUAUGGCAGAGUUUUUGGUUGGAUCGUCAGUAAAGUCAACCAGCUUUUAGCUCCUAAAGAGGACAUGGACACUGUGGACCUGCAGGAGAUAGGUAUAUUGGACAUUUUUGGCUUUGAGAACUUUGCAGUUAACAGGUACGAGCAGAUGUGCAUUAAUUUGGCAAAUGAACAGCUUCAGUAUUUCUUCAAUCAUCACAUAUUUUUGAUGCAACAGAAAGAGUACAAGCAAGAGGAACUGGAAUGGAAAGCCAUAACUUACAAGGAUAACAAAGAAAUACUGGAUCUUUUCUUAGCAAAGCCACUAGGAAUAUUUUCCCUGCUGGAUGAACAAAGCACGUUUCCACAAGCAUCUGACAAGACAUUUGUUGAUAAGCUUAACACCAGCUUCAAAGGCAAUUCAUGCUAUAAAAUAGACCGACGUCGCAGCCCAGCCUUCACAGUGAUGCACUACGCAGGAAAGGUCCUGUACAAUGCAUCAGGGUUUCUGGAGAAGAACCGUGAUACAAUUCCAGCAAGCAUUCGAGGGCUCUUCAUUAACAGCAUCACCCCUCUGCUAAGUGUACUCUUUUCAGCUACAGUUUCAAGAACAGGAACCUUGAUGCCUCAGCAAAGGGCAAAGUUAGUACAAAGAAAUGAAGACAACUUCAACAGCACCAGGAAGCAAUCUGUCGGAGCAAAGUUUAAACACUCUCUAUCGGUGCUGAUGGAGAAGAUGUUUGCAGCAAACCCACAUUUCAUUCGCUGCAUCAAAUCGAACACUAAUAAAUUACCCAGCCAGUUGGAUAGCAAAUUCCUGAUGGAUCAGCUGCGAUACAAUGGGUUAUUGGAAACUAUCCGAAUCCGCAGAGAAGGAUAUUCGUGGAGACCGCUUUUUGAGGAGUUUGCGGAAAGAUAUGGAAUAUUGCUCAUUACCCCCAAUAUAUCAUUUACAAAAGAAAGUUGCCUAGCUCUUCUCCAAACCACAGACCUGAAGGACUGGAAGUGUGGAAAGACUCGCCUGUUCUUUAAAUAUUGGCAUCAAGAUCAAUUGGCAAAGUGCAUAGAAAGGCUUGAUAAGGCUGCAAUAAUCAUCCAGAAAACCUAUAAACAAUAUCGCUGCCAGAGCAAGUACAGAGCCUUGGUGGCUGAGAUGCGGCGGCAGCUGGAGAGGCAGGAGGAAGAAAAACGACAGGUUGAAUUAGAACAGGAAAUGGAGAGGAAGAGGAAACAGGAAAUGGAAACGGAAUUGGAAAAUGAAACAGGUCCAGUGACUCCUCCAGUUCCCCUUCCAAGAAAAAGGAAGCCCCAGCCUCGACCUCGUUCUCUAGCAGUGGACAAGUUCCGCACGGAGGUGCAGCCUCCGGUUCCCAGACCCCGGAGUAAGUUAUUGGAGGCAACUCCCUUUGACAACCCGCGGGACCACAUAGCCAGUAGUUUGUCACAGGUCAGCCUGCAGGAGGUCGAGGAGCAGCGUGUUCUGAAGAAGAGAGCUACGAUUCGAUGGUUCAACGAGACUCAGGCUCGCAAAGUCGUUCAGAACGGCACUUUUCCCUCCUGGUUCCAUGGGAUGAUUACAAGGCGGGAAGCUGAAGAUUUGUUGGCAAAUCAACUAUUUGGCUGCUUCCUCAUUCGUGUCAGUGGCAGCAGGGAAGGAUACACUUUGACUUUCAGUGGCGCAGAUCGGUGCAGACACUACAUGAUCGAAAUGCAACCGAAUGGAAAGUAUGUGAUUUUGGGAGAGGACCGAGCCCAUCCAUCACUGCCAGAUUUAGUGGAGUAUCACAAAACUGUUGGGAUUCAGCCGUUCAUGGAAGUUCUUACCGUUCCUUGUGGCCAGAAAUGUGACAAAGAGACCGACUAUGAGGAACUCAAAAAUUUUCUGGGGAAAGUGUCUCUGGAGGAAGGGGCCAGCUGUGCUGCAGGAGGCAAUCUCUCAGGCCACGCACGAGUGCACAGUGAGCUGUCCAAGCUUUUUGUGCCUCCCGAGGUUCAGGCAUCGAUGCAACCCAAACUGCCUCCGAUCCUGAAAAAGAUCUCGGAUAAAAAGUUUCAGACUGCUUCGAAAGAAACGACUGGAACAAAUUCUGAGAACUGGGCUGAGGAAGAACAUCAAGGAAGCAAACGCACGUUCCCCAGACUGUACCCAUCAAUUCGCUUGGCGAUGAGGGAGAUUCAGCAAAUUUAUGAGAAAUCAUCUUUUGACGAGCAUAAUAGUGAUGAGGAAGCUGUGUCUGAACUGCCACCAAAACUACCGCCAAAGCAUUACAGACCUCAGUCGAUCCCACCAGAGUGUUACAACAACAAAUAAAUGUGAGGAUUGGGAGUCGGGAGCUGAGGAUCACUGAACCUUUUCAGACGUGUAUACUGCUGCAAAGAAGAUUUCAUUCCAGUUAUUUUCUGACGUAAAGGAAUUGCUGGGAGCACUGUGUCCAACAGUAUUUUUGCAAAAGAGUAUUGUCGAUCACGUGCAAAAAAAGAAAGCUGCUCACUGCUAGAAAUCAUUCACUCCAAUUAGCAUAUCUGUACUGUACAUGAUGUUUUGCACAUAAUGAUCUUGUUUUGAAUCUGUAUUAAAGGAAAUAGUCCAACAAACCUAUCUUGUUUUGUAAUAUAAAAACAAUGCAGUAUUGAAUUCUGGUACUGUACCUAAUUGCGUACUGCACUGCUGAGUAGGUUUUUGUUUGUUUUUUGUGUCAUUCAUGGGAGGUUGUAAAAUUAAUGUCUGAUGGAAAUGUACCCAGAAAUGUGCAAACUGAUGUUUGCUAUUGAGAAGUAAACUGAAAUGCCAAAAAUGUUA